GUCCUUCUCGGCGACGGCCCAAAAGCCUCUCGUGAAACCAAACUCUUCCACAGAAACCUUCUCAUGUCCGUCUCCGGCUUCUUCGCCGCCGGUCUGACCUCUUCAUUCAAAGAGGCCUCAACCGGUCUCUUUGAGCUCGAAGAAGAAGACUCGGCUACCUUCUCUGUGUUUGAGCAAUGGGUUUACAGAAACCGGUUGUUCAUCAAGAAACCCAUCACUUCCUCUCCUGAUCUUUUCUCAGACACCGAAGACGACCGACAAGAGUGGGAAUGUUUGCCCCGUCUCUACACUCUGGGCGAACGCCUGGAUGCGCCGAGAUUCAAGGAUGCGGUUGUCUCUGCCAUCAUCGAGAAAGUCAAUGAGAGUAAAGUUGUUCCCGACAAUUGGGCUUCGUACGUGUAUCAGAACACUGUUCCAGCUUGUGCGCUGCGCCGUUUGAUCGUUGACUUUCAUGUCUUU